UACUCGAGUCCUAACUCCAACAUACCCUCUCCUGUUUCCAACGUCGCCGCCGCCGCCGCCGCCGCCGCCGCCGCCGCGCAAGCUUUUUUCCGGCGAAAAAUGUCGUCGUCGGCGAUCCAACUCUCCUCCGCCGCCGCCUCCUCCUCCUUCUUGUCCCCCUCGACUUUCACCACCAGAGAACCGAGUGCUUCUCUCCGCCGAAGAAGCCCAGGGAUCUGCUUGUGCGUGGCGAGCCCUCCCUCGGAGAAAACUGCUUACAAGACAAAGGUUGCUCGAAAUGAGAAUAUGGCGAAGCUUCAAGCUGGCUAUUUGUUUCCGGAGAUUGCUAGGAGGAGGUCGGCUCACUUGCUGAAGUACCCUGAUGCACAAGUGCUAAGCCUCGGUAUUGGUGACACUACAGAACCCAUCCCGGAUGUUAUAACUUCUGCCAUGGCUAAGAGAGCAUAUGCUUUAUCAAUGGUUGAGGGUUAUAGUGGUUACGGAGCUGAACAAGGUGACAAGAAUCUGAGAGCUGCAAUAGCCUCAACCUAUUAUAGAGACCUAGGUAUUGAAGAAACUGACAUAUUUGUGUCAGAUGGUGCAAAGUGUGACAUUUCUCGCCUCCAGGUUCUUUUUGGAUCUAAUGCCAAGAUUGCAGUGCAAGAUCCGUCAUAUCCUGCAUAUGUUGAUUCGAGUGUUAUCAUGGGGCAAACUGGCUUAUACCAGAAGGAUAUCCAGAAGUACGGGAACAUUGAAUACAUGAGAUGCACGCCCGACAAUGGCUUUUUCCCUGAUUUAUCAAGCAUUUCACAAACGGAUGUCAUCUUCUUCUGUUCGCCAAACAACCCAACCGGUUCUGUUGCAUCAAGAGAUCAAUUGACAAGGCUGGUGCAGUUUGCGAAGGACAACGGGUCCAUCAUAGUUUAUGAUUCUGCCUAUGCCAUGUAUAUCUCAGAUGACAGCCCACAAUCUAUAUUUGAAAUCCCCGGAGCAAAAGAGGUUGCGAUUGAAACAUCUUCUUUCUCCAAGUAUGCCGGAUUCACUGGUGUCCGUCUUGGUUGGACUGUGGUCCCUAAGGAGCUACUCUUUUCUGAUGGGUUUCCUGUCGCCAAGGACUUCAAUCGCAUAGUCUGCACUUGCUUUAACGGUGCAUCAAAUAUCGCUCAAGCCGGUGGCCUAGCUUGUCUUUCUCCCGAGGGUUUAAAGGCGAUGGGCGACGUGGUCAAAUUCUACAAGGAGAACGCUGAAAUCAUCGUCGAUACUUUCACUUCACUUGGCUUCGAUGUUUACGGCGGGAGGAACGCUCCCUACGUUUGGGUGCACUUCCCGGGCCGGAGCUCAUGGGACGUGUUUGCCGAGAUUCUCGAGAAGGCCCACAUGGUAACUACACCGGGAAGCGGGUUCGGACCGGGAGGCGAAGGCUUUGUGAGGGUUAGCGCCUUUGGCCAUCGAGAGAAUGUUCUCGAAGCGGCAAAGCGAUUGAAACAGCUGUACAAGUGAGGGCACUGAAAUCGGUCUGAGACGAUAUUUGCGGCAUUGCUGAGAUCAGUUACACUGACGUUUUGGUGCAUUUUGUACUCUGAUUGCAACAUUGGGACAUCAGAAUUUGAAUGCAUUAAUAAGAGGGUUUUUUUUUCCCCUUUAAUAUGGAAGAAUGGUUUGAUGUAAUACUCUGCUUAGAAGUUAUCUCUGCUAUUUAUUGUUGCCUCACUCUUCAUCUGUAGGGCAUUUUGAAAUGGACUUCUCAACAACUUUUUUCAA